UCUCGGUUGAUUCAACAUCACGAUGUCCAAAAAAUAUCUCCUGAGAUUAUUUGGCUUUCUUUAUCUGUUCCCUUACGCAUAUUGUGCCACUGAAGCUAAACUUCAAAGUGAAUCGUUGCAAAGGAAUCGAAGACAACUGCUGUUCCCAAAUAACACUUUAUUACAGUUCAACGCCGGCAUCGGAACCCCCAGUCCUGUGAAGGAUAUCAACGUGAACUUCGCCUUUCAAGCUAAUUUCCAACUACCAUGGAACAGAAGCCAAAUUCCAGUCGACAUUCUACUAGCCAAUUCAGGGUACGACGGACCUUCUAGACAGAUCAGGGAUAUAGACAAUAUGAAUAGUGGUAGCUACGAUAAUGAUGCCCGCCUGUACCACUUCUACAAAUAUAUAGAGGAUAUGUUGAAUAGUUUCGGCUACAACGGAACGGCUUGUGUGAAGAAGACAUUAUGUCAACUAGGUUCAGAGCCUCUACAUUCCGACGACGACGAAGAUCUGUUGCAUGAAUUAGCUACGUUUGUUUUAAAUCCACGAAACGACUUAAUCCAUCAAUCAGUGCAGCAGAAAGAGAUAUUCCCGUACAUAGAAGCGUAUAAUCUAGGUCAAAAAUCGGAAGAUUGCUUGAACAGCUACCAAGAAUGCAACGCGUCUUUUGUCGAUCUAUUCACUAAGCAGCAUGAUCCAUCGUGAUUUAUACUGUUCUAAAGAUUAUUUUUUUAAGCGCCGUAGUUGACUCCAUAUUUAGAAUAGUAAAUAAAAUAGUUUCAUUAA